CCAACUUCUCCUCCACCUCCUUUAGAAGAUGAAGAUAAUUCACUUGUAGAUGAUAUUAAACCUAGAGCAUCUCCAGCUGAAUUUAUUCAAACUAAUAACACAGAAUUGGAUUACAAUAAAGAUACCGAAACUGUAAACAAAAUAAAGGAAGUAAGCUAUACAAUUCCUAUUCUAAACUUUCCAGAAAAUAAAAGACCACUUGAGUUAAGAAGUCCAAAACCACCAGUGCCUUUUAAGCCUAUAAGGAAAAAAGAAGAUAAUCAAAUUUCCAAUAAGUUAUCAUCAAUUGAGAAGCAAAAAAUUGUUCCAUUAAACAUUCCAGAAAAAAUAACUGCCAGUUCAUCAUUUUCUACUUUCACAUCAAAUGUUUCUCGUCAAUGGGGACCAGAAAGAACUGUUGAAUUAUGGCGAGAACCAACUAGAGGUUUAGGAAUUAGUAUUGUCUGGGGCAAGGUUGAUACCUAUCCUUCUUCUGGACCUUCCACAUCUGGUAUAUUUAUUAAAAAUGUUUUACCAGAUAGUCCUGCAGGAAUUACAGGGAGUUUGAAAAGAGGAGAUAGAAUCCUUGAGGUUGAUGGAUAUGAUUUAAGAGAGGCUACUCAUAACAAAGCUGUUGAAGUAAUCAAAAAUGCUAAAAAUCCUGUUAAGUUUAUUGUUCAAAGUUUAAUUUCAAUGCCAAGGAAAUUAGAAACAGAAGCAGCAUCAAAUAAUGAAUUGAAAAGUAUACAGAAAAUGAUGAAUGGAGGUACAUCUAAUUCAAUAGAAAAUAUGUUUAAGUUGUCUUCUGAAGAAUGGCAAAAUGAUGAUAUUUUAAGUUCAGAAAUAUCAGAUGACAAGAUGCAAAGCUGGGAAGAAUUAGAUAUUGGACCAGCUCCACCACCGCCACCUCGAACAGUUAGUAAAGCAUUACAUUAUCCUCAGAAGUAUAAAUUAAAGAAAUGUAAAGAGGAUUCUGAAGUAAUGAGCAUUAAUUCAAAUGAAUCACAGUUUGAUUCAGACAGUGAAACUAAGACAAGUUUAGAAAUGGAAGAUAAAGAUAUGAAUUUUGAAAGUGAAUAUGGAUAUUCAAUACAGGAAAUACAAAAGAAAUAUGGAGAUAUAAAAGAUGGAGAAAUAAUAAUUGUAAAUCUUGAAAAAGGACCUGGUGGUCUAGGACUCAGCCUGGCUGGAAAUAAAGAUCGUCAUAAGAUGAGUGUCUUUGUUUGUGGUAUGCAUCCUAAUGGAAAUGCUGCAAGAGAUGGUCGGAUUUGUAUUGGUGAUGAAUUAUUAGAGGUAAAUGGUAUUGUCAUGUAUGGUCGUUGCCAUUUAAAUGCUUCUGCAAUGAUUAAAGGAAUAACUGGAUCAUCUUAUAAAAUAGUAUUACUCAGAAGAAAGAAUGCUCUUGAAGAAAUGGCAGUUAAACCAUUAACACAAUUUCCACUAUGUCCAAAUAAUGAAAUUUUGGAAAAGUAUUCACAAUAUAGAGAUGUAAGACUUAUCACUGUUAAUAAAGAAACACUCACUAAAUACACUGGAAAAACAAUGAAACCCCAUACAAUUGGAGAAUCCCUUAUCCUUCCUGCAGCAACCAAGAUGACAUCAAUUAUGCAUGGCGAUAACUAUGGAAAUGAACUAAAAACAAUACCAUUAUCAAGAGAUACCGUGUCUCGGCGGAUUUCCGAAAUGUCACGAAAUAUCGAGUCAGAAGUCACAAAAUGCAUACAAAAUUCAUCUGUAUUUGCUUUACAACUGGACAAGACUACUGAUAUUACUAAAAUGUCACAACUAAUUAUUUACAUUAGGUUUAUUUUUAAUGAAGAUAUAACAGAAACGUUUUUAUGUUGCAAAAGUUUGAAAGGAAAAACAACUGGAGAAAAAAUAUUCGAAGUAAUAAAUGAAUAUUUUGAAGCAAAGUCCCUUACCUGGGCAAACUGUGUUGCGGUUUGUACUGAUGGUGCUGCAGCAUUAACAGGUUCAAAUAAAGGGCUCAGAGGCUUAAUUCAGAAAGUGGCGCCUCAUAUGGUAUUUAAUCACUGUAUGAUUCAUCGGCAAGCUCUUUUUGCAAAAGAUAUGGAUGAAGAGUUGCACAACAUAUUACAAGACGCUGCAGCUAACCUGCUAAAAAGCAUAGAAGGUUUGGUUACUCUUGUAGUUUCAAAUCCUCACAAGUCAUCAACUACAUCAUUAAUAUCAAAUGAAAAUGAAGAUAGUUUAGAUGCAGAGUUACCACAAAAUGACAAUGUUUUAAAAACAGAUAUUAAAAAACAAGAAAAAAUCAGUCCUCCAGAACCACCGCCUAAACCUCUUCAUUUAUCUGUGAAGUCUCCAUCUACAGUUGCUCCUACGAUUCCUACAUCUGCAGGAUGUCUACAACAUAUUUCCACAUCCAAAUUGUCAACAACACCUAAAUAUAAACUGUUGCCAAUGCCUCCUAUAAAUAUAGAUGAUGAUGCAUUAUCAUCCUCAUCAUCGUCAUCACAAGAAACAAUCAAUACUCAACCAAAUCCAAAAACUUGUGAAAUUAUUCCAGGACAAGAGGUAACUAUUGAAAUUUGUAAAGAAAAAAUGGGAUUAGGACUCAGUAUUAUUGGAGGCUUUGAUACACCAUUGGGUGUUGUUAUGAUUCAUGAAAUUUAUCCAGAUGGUGCUGCAGCUGUAGAUGGCCGUCUUAUUCCUGGUGAUCAGAUUAUGGAGGUAAAUGGAGAAGACUUAAGAACUGCAAAACAUGAUCAAGCUAUUACUGCACUGCGUCAAACUCCACCAGUUGUACGGAUGGUGGUGUAUCGAGAGGCAGGACUAAAUCAUGAAGAUGAUUUAUAUGAUAUUUUAGAAGUUGAACUUCAUAAAAAAUCUGGCCGUGGUCUAGGUUUGAGUAUUGUUGGUAGGAAAAAUGGUCCAGGAGUAUUCAUUUCUGAAGUGGUUAAAGGAGGUAUAGCUGAAGCUAAUGGUCAACUUAUGCAAGGAGAUCAGAUUUUAGAAGUAAAUUUACAUGAUUUAAAAAAUUCUACACAAGAACAUGCUGCUGCCAUUUUGAAGACAACAAUGGGAAAGAUAAAUAUGAAAAUUGGUAGGUUAAAAGCAGGAUCAAGAAGAAGUACUUCAAGCAGUCUUUCAAGUCCACAAUUAGAUGAUAAUACUGAAAUGCCCGUUCAGUGCAAAAAUAUUACGUUGCAACGUGGACCGGAAGGUCUAGGAUUCAGCAUUGUUGGCGGUUUUAACAGUCCUCAUGGUAAUCUUCCAAUAUACAUAAAAAACGUUUUUGAGAAAGGUGCUGCUGCAGAAGAAGGUAGUUUACAACAGGGCGAUCAAAUUGUGGCCGUUAACAAUCAGAGUUUGCAAGGAAUGACACACGAAGAAGCGGUAGACAUUUUGAAAAACGCCAAAGGAACAGUCAUAUUAACUGUGUUAAAGUAGAAAAAAAAAAUGCCUUUUCAAACAAGUGAUGAGUAUUGAUCCAUUCAUUAUCAAAUUACAUUCCAGUUUAAGAUUAAUAAAUCUCUAAACAUCAUAAUGAUAUAUAAAACUAAUAAUGAAAGCUGCACCAUAGUGCCAACUGUAUGAUAAAACAACGGACCAAUAAUUGUGGCAGAUGAAUUCAUUAUUUUCAAAAAAAUUAUUUAAUAUUUCUAAAAAAAUAGCACAAAUUCAUAAUAUAUCAUCAGAUUUGUAGGUAAACCAAUUUAUAAGAUUGGGGCCAAACAGAGAAAAACUCCUCCAAUGCAUAGCAGCUUUAUAAUAAAGAUUUGAGUGCAGCAAUAAUUAGUUAAAGAAUGGUGAUUAAAGGUCCCUGCAUUUCCAGUUUUAUGUUGUAUAAUUGUUAUAUUUAUAUUUAAAUUUUAACAAUUAACAUUUUGAAACGACACAAGUAUAGAAGUACAGUGCUUUAGAUAUUUUAUGUAUUCAUUACAUGAAAAGAUAAAUGGAAUUUUUACUUCUUCCAUUCUUUAUGUAAAAAAUAUAGAAAGCAUAUAUAAUAUAGAAUGCAGAUUAAGUUUGAUAAGAGCUUAAAAUAGUAGUGCUUCCAUAGUCCAGAAAGCAUUAUGUUGCAUAAUAUAAAUAUUUUUAAUGAGGAUGCAAGUAAUAAUUUAAUGUUUUAAUUGAAACAGGUUAUAAAAGUAUACUCAGAUCUUCAUAGAAUUUAGAAAAUAUUUAAUUUAUCAAAAAAUUACGCUAAAGUAUGAUUUUCUAAUAUCAUUAAUUUAUUGAGUAUAAACUAAAUUAUAGAAUUAAAAUAGAAUAUAAACUGUUUCUAAAAAUAUACGCAUAUAGAUAUAUACUGUAAGUGCCAUUAAAUAGAAUAAAAAUUACAAAAUAUUUUCACAUUACGAAAUAAGAUUUAAUAUCUCUUCUUUAGAUCAUUAAUAAGAUGUUAUUAAAAAUAGAAAAUAUUUUAUUAAGUUUUAAUUUUGAUCAAAAUGCAAAACAGUCAAAUUAAAGAACAAGAAAGCAUAUUUAUUAAAGAAAAUGAUGAUUAUAUAAUAUCUGAUGUCAUAUUUGCAUUUAAUAUUUGGCAAAUUUUUCUAUUAGGAAAUAUGGAAUUUUUGUAUGGAAACAAAAUAAUUUAUAUAAUCGUUCAAUUUAUUUAUCGAAAUUCAAUCAUCUUUAUUACAAAUUAAAGCAUUUAAUCGUCAUGUAUGAUCAAAUUAUGUAAAAGUUAUACUCGGUAAUUUUUUUGGAUGUGCGUUCUGCGACAUCAACAAUAUAAUCAAGCCAAAGCAACAUUAAUUCUUAAUUAUUAUUACAGACAUUUUUUAAUAAUUUUUAGCAUAUUUGUUAGAAUACUUGCAAGCUGUUAAAACUCAUAUUUCAUGCUGUUGAAAACUUGUUCGUUGUUAUAGACAGACUUAUAUUUUAAUCUCAAGAUUAAGGUGGAUAGUUUCAAGGAGGUAACAUAAAUACAGUAUUAAUGGUGCACAAAGAUAUUUUCAUUUUAUUGAAAAUUAAUAUUUCUGACAAGAAUUUAAACAAGAAUUUGGAAAUUCUUUUAAAUUGAAUAUAACAAAGCAAAUAU